AUGGGGGCUGCUGAGGGCAGGAGUGGAGAUGAGAAGCCAACUCAUUCACAAGGGGUCUGCAUCUGCAUGGUAUGGGAGGGGGACGAAGAUGUGUAUGUAUUACCACUCAACGUGGCAAAUGAGGCCAGUAUAAUGUAUAAUGGCAGCGAGAUGGUGACGAGUAAGAAAGCUAACACGGAGAUAGUAGCGAGGGCUAUCUGUGUGGGCUUGGGUAUGUGGAUGUGGAUGGGCAUGGGCAUGGGUGAUAUGGUAGGGACACCAUCAGCGUUUAACCACAAAAACCACUGUGAACCUGAACAGGGAGACAAGACUCUUCGUCAGAACAAGAACAAGAAGGGGGCAAUAACAUGA